GCUGAUAACACUGAGCUAAACUCUGGCUCUCUUAGUCUCCUUUCUAGGCCUUAACCCGAUCUAAGAAAUCAGAGCAUGCUGUUUACGCGACGACUUGAAUAAUCGAAUAACUGCUGAAAUCCAGGAAUGAUUGGAUUACUAAGUGCAUGCAAGUGUGUUCAAUGAUCCUCAUGUUUGUAAUACAAGUGCUCGCCCUGCUCUGCGUUUUCAGGAGCUACACCUUCGACACAAUGUUUGUGUGGAGUGUUUGCAUGCUGACUCUGAUUCAUAUGAGCAGUGCCUGCAGUGUGUCAGAUGCAAUCUGUACAAACCUCACCGCUGUUCAGGAGGAGAUCGUCAACUUGCACAACGCGUUCCGGAGAUCAGUCGUUCCACAAGCCAGCAACAUGCUGAAAAUGAGCUGGAGCAAGGAAGCAGCAGUCUCAGCUCAGAACUGGGUCAACACCUGCUCUAUGAAACAUGGCCCGCCAAGCACUCGCAUGCUCGGAACAUAUGAAAUGGGUGAAAACCUGUUUAAAAGCACUGGCAUGUUCGCCUGGACUGCGGUUGUGACAGCAUGGCACAGUGAAGUCGUCGAUUACGAGUACCCCACUGGAUCCAUCAACGGAGAGCCCAUUGGCCAUUACACUCAAGUGGUGUGGUACGGCUCGUACGAGGUCGGCUGCGGAGUGGCCAAGUGUGGAAGCAACUACUUCUACGCCUGCCAUUACUAUCGAGCAGGGAAUUUCAAAGGAGUGCCUCCGUACUCAAAGGGAGAACCCUGCUCGGCCUGUCCAGACGCCUGUGAGGACGGCUUGUGCACCAACCCCUGCCCUUACAUCGACAGAUACGCCAACUGCCCUUCCAUAAAAGAAGACUACACAUGUGAGGACGACAUUGUGAAGAAGUACUGCCCCGCCAUCUGCCUGUGCGAAAACAAGGUCAUCCCCAUCGCCAAGAAGUGACCUGCGAGGCAUGUCGCCAGGCCUGUUAGCCAUCAGUGUUGCCAGUGCAUUAGGUGAUUAAGGUGGUCAUGGAGCUCUAUAGCUACACUUUCUUCUUCUAUCGCUUUCUAGAACAUUACAGCCGUCAGGAACGUUAAAGGAACACUUUAGAACGUUUCAACAGUCUCCAUCUGCUGUGUGUGGUGGAUUACCACAGACGAUAGCUUUGACGCUUUUCCUGUACCUCGUAAAAUGACGAGACUUGCUGACCCAAAACACCUUUAUAAUAGAACCCAAUGGGCAUCAGCUGAAGCACCUGCCCAUAGGCUUCUAUUAUGGUUGUUUUCAGUCAAUAAAGAACAGAAUAACCUGUUGGCUCAAAGCUCAGAAGCCCGCCUUCUUUACCCACGCCUGCAGUAGACAGCAGUAAAGCCGGUGCCCACUGACUUCCAUCUUAAAGUCAGGUUUUUCAUUCUUUUACUGCCGACAGAGUAACAUGUCGAAAUUAUUGACCACGGUAAUGGACCAUACGCUCAAAAAGAAGCAGGUAGAGUUCAGGUUGAAAUACAUUGUAGUGCUCCUUUGACGUUCACUGUUUACACUACAGCCAUACCGAAUCACCAGUAGUGACUAUUAGCAUUGAUGUAAAGUGAUUUUAGGCCUACCUCAGUCUCAUUUUCAAUUAUGCCGCUGGAUGUAACUCAUAUGAUAGGUUGAUAUGACCUAAAGCGAGCAUCUGCUGUUAAGACACAUUCAUUCCAUACAUGUACGUUAGCCUGUGCUCCUUCGUAUGCUCACUUUGAUGUCAGGUCUUAUCAUUUUCAGUAGUGUUUGCUCUGCAAUCAUGCAGUUGGAGCAAGCAAACUGUUACAUAUUGCAUAACCGGUCCCACACCAUGUCUCUCGGGCCCACAGAUGGCCCACAUUUGGUGAUUUCAGUUCCAGCACAAUCAGUCGAAAUAAUCAAGCCGCAUUCAUGGGAGCUGUAAUUGAAGCAGAACGGAGGGUGGGAGAGAAGCCGAGGCAAAUGCUGUGAAUUGCUUUUCAUGAAAAAAAAAAAAGGAUUUCCUUCAUAUACUCAGGGGCAUGGGACAGGAAGAAGAUACAGGAACAUUUUGUUCACAUGGAAGCAGGCUUUCACCAUCUAACUGGGCUAUAAGGAUGUAUAGGAUGUAUGUGUUGUAACACACCAGACCACCAGCAGGUGUCUCUGUUGUACAAUAGUCUAAAAGACAUGAGGCUGAAUGUUUCCUGCCCACAUCUACUCGUGUCUCUUUCCUUUCAGUUCAACCAAGUGACGCUGCUUUGCUUCUUGCUUAUUAUUAAAGUGCACAGCAAAAACAAAAA